AUGGGCAGAGCAUCCGUGUUUCGGUUGCACAAAAAGUUUAAGGACGGCAGAGAGUCUGUGAGAGACGAUGAGAGGUGUGGGAGGGUGAGGGUAGUCAUCCCACUUGUGGGGAAAAUCCGUACUUUUAUGGAUGAGCACCGUCGAGGGUCAAUAGAGACGACAAGUGAACAGUUUGAAGUCAGUGUGGGAACUGUGCACAGAAUUAUUCAAGAUGAACUGAACAUGCGAAAGAUUUGCGCGAAGUUUGUCCCAAGGGUGCUCAGUGACGAACAGAAGGAAAGGCGUGCUAGCGACAGCAGGGAGAUGGUCAAGCUUAUCAAUUCAGAUCCAAGAGUACUCAUGGCUCUGGUGACCUGUGAUGAAAGUUGGAUCUAA